AAACAAAAACUUCGGUGGAUUCGAAGGCAACCAGCAAAAUUAGAACUCCAGCCGCAACCUGAGAGCGGUGCUCGUCGCUGCGCCAACUUUUCAGGGCCCAAAUCCGAUUCCCCUCACGUUUCUCAUAUCCCUUCCUCCUCCCACACCAACUCCACUCAAUGGCGGCUCCCUCCACCUCCCUCUCCCUCUCCCUCUCCCUCGACUCCGCCUUCCAACCCCUGCUCUUUCUCUCCUCCCACAACUUCUCCGCUCCCUCCUUCUCCCUCUCCCUUCACAAAUCCCACCCUCUCUCCCUCAAAUCCUUCCCCCGCUUAUCUCCACCCCAUGCUCUCGAUCCCUCCAUCGAGGUUCCGCCUAUACGCGGCGGCCCCUUCCUCGACCCAGGCAGCUUCAGCAAGCUCCGAACCCUCAAAGAAUUCCGCUACGUCCACCAAUUCGACCAUGGCCGCCUGGAGAUCCGCUCCAUGGAGGCCGAGGAGGUGGACCCCGCCUCCCUGCUCCUCGCCAAGUCGUUCGCCGAGUCCAUGUGGUGGGCCGGCGGCUACGUCCCCUUCCUCGCCUUCCUGGUGAGGCAGUAUGUGAUCGAGCGGCGGGCUCGGAUUCCGCACACGACCAUUCUCCUCGGCUUCUACAAGGAGAGGGAUGGGGAAGAGGAAGCCAGGCUGGCGUGCAUCGCCGAGAUCUCCUUCGAUGCUCUCGGGGCGAAUGCAGCUGUCCCGACGCCGGUGCCCCCUCAAGAAUAUCCAUACCUAAGCAACAUGACCGUGAGGAAGAGCUUUCGGAGGAGGGGGAUUGGCGGGCAUCUUCUAAAGGCGUGCGAGGAACUGAUAACUCAAAUGAAGGCUGAAAGAAAAGUAUACCUUCACUGCCGAAUGAUUGAUGAUGUUCCAUUCCGAUUGUACAAGAAAGCUGGCUAUAAGGUUGUCAAGACAGACAGCAUCUUGAUUUGGCUAACCCUUCAGCGGCGCAAAUACUUGAUGUUGAAAGAAUUGCCACCUAUUCCAGAUGACAGGAAGUCUGAUAACACGGAUUAUAAUGAUCAACCCAUUUGAUUAUUUGUAUGCUGACACAAAAUCAUCUGUUGGCUCUGUAUACUACAUUAUGCUCCAAUAUAGGUUUUUAUGUA